AUAUUAACAACUCAUUGUAAAUAUUUCUUUAGGAAGCCAUGAUGUCCACAUACUCUCACAAGAUAAUUAUCUUGACCUUCCUUGCGUUCUCUGGCCUGUGCUUGGCAUACUUCAUGCUGUUUUCCGGCCACCCAGUCUCUGAUGUGGAGGACCAAUCGCCUGGGCCUGUGGCAAUGAAAGACCUGGAUAAGCCCAUUCUUUUAGUGUGGUUCUGGCCUUUUGGUAUCCAAAUUGAUCCUGCAGACUGUGAGACCUACUUUAACAUCAAUAACUGUGUUCUGACAGGUGAUAGGUCCUUGUACAAUGUAUCCGAUGCUAUCAUAUUCUCCCACAAGAGUAUUCAAUGGAAUCUCGCAAACAUGCCUCAUGCUCCUCGGCCAGACUUCCAGAAGUGGAUCUGGUACCAUGUAGAGUCUCCAAGAAACACUGUCAGGAGAGCGGGUUUUGGUGGCCUAUUCAAUUUGACCCUUACCUAUCGGCGUGAUGCCGACAUAACCGUGCGCAAUGAAGUAAGCAUCGCGAGGACGGCUGAAGAGUUUGUCGUUCCCAGGAAAGACAAAAUGGUUUGUUGGAUCGUGAGUAACAUGAGCCAUCGCACCGGAACAGCAACACGGACAGCAUAUGUCCAAAACCUGACCAAAUACAUAAAUGUGGAAAUGUAUGGCGGAGCUUCAAAGCGCCCGUUAAGCCCCGACGAGUACUACCCCACUAUUGCCAGUUGUAAAUUUUAUCUGGCCUUUGAGAACUCCCUAUACCAAGACUACAUCACAGAAAAGGUCAAUGGACCUCUGGUCGCUGGGACUGUACCUGUAGUCAUGGGUCCUCCAAGGGAGAACUAUGAACAGUUUUUUCCUGCAGACUCCUUCAUCCAUGUUGAUGACUUCUCUGAUCCAAAGGCAUUGGCUGAAUACCUGCUUCAGUUGGUUCUGAAUGAUGACAUGUACAAGCAAUACUUUAGAUGGCGGAAAUAUUUCAAGGCCACACCUCACCUUACGAAAAGAGAACAAGAAUUCUUACAACCUCUUUGUGAGGCAUGUGAGCACAUAGGUACAGACAAUAGCUUCAGUGUAGUCAACAACCUCAAUGAAUGGCAGUUUGGUCUUUAAUAAUA